AUGAUCAACAUGAUCAUCGUCUCCAAAUCACCACCACCACCACGCAUCGUGGCGAAAUUGUCCUCGCGAAAUCGAUCGAGAACAACGCUAAAAACACCCCCAUUAAGAAAACAACGAAGAUUCAAUGGUGUUCAAACACAACAUUUGGAAGCCGUUUUAGGGGAAAAUGCAGAUGCCAACAACGGGGUUGCGGAGGGUUUAAAGAUGAAGAUGAAGAUGAUAAAUAGACGCGAAGCGAUGAAUAACUGCUUAAAAAUCAUCGCUCUCCUCGAGACGAGUAAAGACAGAAAAGCGUUCGCGUACGGGUUGAACAAAAAACCGCCCAAUAGUGAUGAUAACGAACCCAAUUUGGUCUCGUAUCUUGGGAUAAGAAACUCCUCCAAACGUGAGAGAUUCGAAGCGAGCGAAAGAAAGAAACGGGAAGCUGAAAAGUUACGGGAAAGGAAAGAGGAAGAGUUGGAAUCAGACGCACCUUUGAUGACGUUACCAUCGGGAAUACAGUUUCGGGAGUACGACGAAGGCGUGAGUGGGACGAAACGGUGCAGAAAAGGCUCGAAAGUUUCGAUUUUGUUUAAAGUGUUUCGAUUGUCCUCGGGCGCGUAUUUUAAGUACUCGUCCGGAGGGACGGCGGUUUUGUUGUGGGCGCGAGGAUACGGCUCGGAAGGACUCGACGACGUCGGCGUUCCGUAUACUUUUAUACUGGGAGAAGAGAAUAGUUUGCCGAGAGCGGUUGCGCCGGUUGUCGUUGGGAUGCAUCAAGGCGGCGUGCGAAGGGUGUUGAUGCCGCCGAAUUUGGGAUACGUGAACGAUUUUGUGCAACCGCAACCGGAUUCGUACGGCGCGAGGCGAAGGCUGGAGAAUUAUCGAGACGGUCCUUUAUUAUUUGAAGUAGAAAUCGUGUCGGUGAAAGAUCCGGGGAGCGAUGAUAGCGAAGGAGUGAGCGAUGAUAGUUUGGAUUUGAAGAACGGCGAAUCUGGUUUCUAUAAGCUACCGUCGGCGCCGACGCUGCUCGAUAGAUAA